AUGCUCCCUGACUAUAAUCGAAACUACAACCGAAACACUAAUACCUCUAACGUGAAAUAUUUGUAUGCUGUCUACGAAUGUUUGUAUGUCGCCUACGACGCUUCGUAUGUGGACUACAAACGUCGGUAUGUGGUCUAUAAACGUUCGUAUGUGGGCUACGACACUCUGUAUGCGAUCUAUAGCGCUGACUAUAAUCGAAACUACAACCGAAACACUAAUACCUCUAACGUGAAACGUCCGUAUGUCGCUUACGACACUCUGCACACAGGGCUUCUCACGGCAGAUGGCCGUCCAGGACGGCCACAUAAGUUUGUCGGUACCCUUUGUGGCAGUCCGAGAUGA